AUGAGUUUGUCAAUUAGAGGAUCAACAAGGAUAAUUAGUGAAUUUUUUGAAUACAGUAUAAACUCUAUAUUAUACCAACGAGGUAUAUAUCCACCGGAAGAUUUCCAUACGGUUAAAAAAUAUGAUUUAAACUUAUUAGUUACUCAUGAUGAAGAAUUGAAGAGUUAUAUCAGAAAAAUCUUGCUGCAAGUACAUAGAUGGUUAUUAGGUUCAAAAUGCAACAAAUUAGUACUAGUAAUAAUAGACAAAGAUGAAGGCGAUAUUUUGGAAAGAUGGGAAUUUAAUGUUGAAAUUACAAAUAACCCUAAUGAUACUAAUACCGAUAGCAACAAUAACGAAGAAAUACCAUUAGAAGUUACACAAAAAGAAAUAAGAGGGUUAAUUAGACAGAUUACUGCUAGUGUUACCUUUUUGCCUGAAUUAGACCACGAUGAAAAAGAAUAUACCUUUAAUGUCUUAGCUUAUACCAAAGCAAACGCAAAAGUUCCUUUAGAUUGGGGUGAUUCCAGCUCUAAGGAAAUAGAACAAGGUGAAUCGGUUAGUUUUAAGCAAUUUCAUACAAAUGAUUAUAAAGUUGGUGCACAAGUUACAUAUAAAUAUAGAUAA